AUGACCAUGCCCCUGACGGCGCCAGAGUGUACCGCGGCGCAGCUCCGAGACUCAGCCCCUCCUCACCCCGCCUCCAGGCCUCGGGCACCUCCACUGCGAUGCGACCCCGCGCCAGGUCCGAAAUUCCGUGAAACUGCACUGAGGCGCCAACGCGGCUUCCAGCAUGAUUCCGAAGGGACAAUGCCACGGCUGCUCAUCAUGAAGUCCUGGCUCCCCAUACCCGUGUCCUCGCAUUUCUCGCUGAAGAAUAUCCCCUUUGGCAUCAUCUCCACGGCAUCCAAUGUACACCACCGACCAGCCGUCGCUGUCGGCGAGCAUGUCCUCGAUCUCUCCGCCUUCACAUCUGGAGCCGGCUUCUCCAAGCUGGCGCCCGAGCUGCAGAGCAACACAGCGGUGUUCGCUCAGCCGACGCUGAACGCCUUUGCCGCCCUCGGCCGCCCGUACCACCGCGCCAUCCGCCAGUACCUGCAAGACGUCUUCCGCGAGGACACGCCGUACCCGGAGCUCCUCCAGACCAACGACACGCUGCGGCAGACGGCGCUCGUGGCCCUCGCCGACGCGCAAACGCACCUGCCGCUGUCGAUCGGCGACUACACCGACUUCUUCGCCGGGCGCAACCACGCCUUCAACGUGGGCACCCUCUUCCGCGGCCCCGCCAACGCGCUGCAGCCCAACUACAACCACCUGCCGGUGGCCUACCACGGGCGCGCCAGCUCGGUCGUCGUCUCGGGCACGCCGCUGCGCCGCCCCUGGGGCCAGGCGCUGCCGGCGCCGGGGGCCACGGCGCCCGUCUUCCGGCCCUGCGCGCGGCUCGACAUUGAGCUGGAGAUGGGCAUGUUCGUCUGCCGCGGCAACGCGCUGGGCGCGCCCGUCGCCGUCGCCGACGCCGAGUACAGCAUCUUUGGCUACGGGCACAUGAACGACUGGAGCGAGCGCGACAUUCAAAGUGGGAGUACCGCGUGGGUCGUGCUCGCCGACGCGCUCGAGCCGUUCCGCACGCGGGGGCUCGAGAACGAGACGCCGCUGCAGCCGUACCUGCAGGAGGACCGGACGGACAACAUUCUCGACGUGCAGCUCGAGGUGUCCGUGACGACCGCCAAGGGACACACAACCAAGCUCACCAAGACGUCGUCGAAGAACCUGCUCUGGUCCUGGCCGCAGAUGCUCGCCCACCACACCAUCUCGGGCUGCAACCUGCGCGCCGGCGACCUCUUCGGCUCGGGCACCGUGUCGGGCUUCGACGCCGGCACGCACGGCAGCUUCCUCGAGCAGACGCAGGGCGGCAAGGUCACGAUCAAGCUCGAGGGCGGCGAGGAGCGAAAGUUUGUCGAGGACGGCGACACCAUCACCAUCACGGGCUGGGCCGGGUCUGUCGAGGGCGAGCUCGUCGGGUUCGGCGAGUGUGUGGGGCAGAUUCUGCCUGCGGUUGCGCGGAGUUGA